UUAUAGUUGGUGGGAACGCGAACGCAACGCACAACACUGAACACUCUCUUUCUAGCCGAUCUAAUUUGAUUCUACCCAAAAAAAUGAGCAGCAGGGAUAGAGAAAUCAACUCCUUCCGACAGGAACACGAGUCUGACGAGCACUGGCAGCUACGGCGUGAGUUUCUCGACGCGCACUUCGAGAAGUUUCCUUCAAGCAAACUUCAAUGUUACUCGCACACCUAUGUUAAUAUCGAAGUGCUUGGCUGCAGGUACCCCAAUGAAACGAUGCAAAUUAUAGCUGAUCUCGCAGCCGGACUUGGAUCGGUGCACAAAAAGAGGAAGGAGAACAAUGCCCAACGGAUAACAAUGGACGCCUCGAACGCUGCCGAACAGAAGAUCAAGAGGAGAACCGGCGGAGAAAUGAGAAACAACCCUCUACCAAAGGUUACGUACGGCCCAAAUGUAGUUGGUGGUCCAUCGGUGAACUACGGCCCUCCAGUUACAGGUGGUCAACAUUACGGUUACAGAACAUAAUGACAGUGAAGUUUUUGUGAAGAUGAUGUGAGUGAUAAAAAAUAUUAGUUGUAUGUCUGUAAUCAUCAUGUAACGUCGAAACGAACCAAAAUAAUUAAAGAAUCGACAGACAGUUUUUAAACUUUUGUUUGGAUGUUUCUGGAACUCGACUCCAUUUUAAAACUAUUGCAAAAUUAAGAACCUAAAAACAUGUAAGUGAAUGAAUUCACAGAUCCAUAAAAUCUUUGUAAUUUACUCAGUACGAAAAAUUCCGUUUACUGACUUUUUGUAUCACUUUUUGACAUUAAAACGCAUACCCUCAAAUUAA